AUGCUGGUGCUAUUCUUUUUGGUGUCGCUGGCGUACGCUUUUUAUGACAAUUCUAAACACAUUUACGAGCUAACACCCAAGUCGUUUGACGACGUUAUCUACAAGACAAACCACACAUCCGUUGUCGAGUUCUACGCUCCUUGGUGCGGAUAUUGCCAGCAGUUCAAAAGCCAUUACAUCAAGGCAGCCCAAGCUAGCUCCGACGUGGCACAAUAUGCAGCAGUCAACUGUGAUCUUCCCGAAAACAAAAAGCUGUGCAAUGAGUAUAGAAUUGAGGGUUUUCCAACGAUCUUAGUGUUCAGACCGCCAAAAUGGACCGGUAAAAUCACCAAGAAAAAUGGCCACAGCUCAGAAAUUUACCGUGGUGAGCGGAUUGCCAGCAAGCUCACAGAGUUUGUGAAAGGCCGUGUGAAGAACUAUGUGAAGAGAAUCAAUGCACGUAACAUCGCCAGCUUUGUGGCGCCCGAGGACAAGCCACGGGUGCUUCUGCUGACCAGCAAAACCUCGAUCUCGCCCAUGUUCAAGGCAUUGGCAAUUGAUUUCCUCGGAUCACUGGAAUUUGGCUAUCUGACAGUGACUGACGAGAUCAGAUCUGAGGUCGAGACAUACAUUGACGUCAAAAGGUUGCCUCAGAUCGUCGUGAUCGACCGCGAAGGAUCGUUCCAUAAGUACGAAGGCCCCACUGAAAGAACAGCCAUAGCGAAGUUCCUGGGCAAUUUUGGGGAGGCAGAGGACGGGGAGACCAGCGAACGGGGAACUUUCUUGAAGGGCCUGAAGAAGGGUCUGUACAAAAGCUUUAGGGAUUUUAAAAAGAGCAGGGCCGGAAAGUCCAAGAGUGCGAAAAACCACAGGGAUGAAUUAUGA